GGGCGGUGCCGGCCUCGGGGCGGCUUGACGAUGGCGGCUGCGCGCCGCCCGCUCACACAGUGAACCGAGCCGCGCAGCGGGAGGAUGGCCUCGCUCGGGUCUGCCGCGGCAGGGGAGCCGGCGGCCGGAGCUGAGGCGGAGCUCGGUCCUCCGGCCCCUCCGCCGCCGCCCCCGCCGCCGCCGCCGCCUGCGCCCUCGCCGUCCGCUCUCGGGCCGCUGCUGCCCCUGCAGCGGGAGCCGCUGUACAACUGGCAGGCCACCAAGGCGUCGCUGAAGGAGCGCUUCGCCUUCCUCUUCAACUCGGAGCUGCUGAGCGAUGUGCGUUUCGUGCUCGGCAAGGGCCGCGGCGCCGCCGCCGCCGGGGGCCCGCAGCGCAUCCCCGCCCACCGCUUCGUCCUGGCGGCCGGCAGCGCGGUCUUCGACGCCAUGUUCAACGGCGGCAUGGCCACGACGUCGGCCGAGAUCGAGCUGCCGGACGUGGAGCCCGCCGCCUUCCUGGCGCUGCUGAGAUUUUUGUAUUCAGAUGAAGUUCAAAUUGGACCAGAAACAGUUAUGACCACUCUUUAUACUGCUAAGAAAUAUGCAGUCCCUGCCCUGGAAGCACACUGUGUAGAAUUCCUUACCAAACAUCUUAGGGCGGAUAAUGCCUUUAUGUUGCUUACUCAGGCGCGGUUAUUUGAUGAACCUCAGCUGGCUAGUCUUUGUCUAGACACGAUAGACAAAAGCACAAUGGAUGCAAUAAGUGCAGAAGGGUUUACUGAUAUUGACAUAGAUACACUCUGUGCAGUUCUAGAAAGAGACACAUUAAGUAUUCGAGAAAGUCGACUCUUUGGAGCUAUUGUACGUUGGGCAGAAGCAGAAUGUCAGAGACAACAAUUGCCUGUGACAUUUGGAAACAAACAGAAAGUUCUAGGAAAAGCACUUUCCUUAAUCCGGUUCCCACUGAUGACAAUUGAGGAAUUUGCAGCAGGUCCUGCUCAGUCUGGAAUUUUGUCAGAUCGUGAAGUGGUAAACCUCUUCCUUCAUUUUACCGUCAAUCCUAAACCCCGAGUAGAAUACAUUGAUCGGCCACGCUGCUGCCUCAGAGGAAAGGAGUGCUGCAUCAAUAGAUUCCAGCAAGUGGAGAGCCGCUGGGGUUACAGUGGAACAAGUGAUCGGAUCAGGUUCACAGUUAACAGAAGAAUUUCUGUAGUUGGAUUUGGUUUGUAUGGAUCUAUUCAUGGGCCCACGGAUUAUCAAGUGAAUAUACAGAUCAUUGAAUAUGAGAAAAAACAAACCUUGGGACAAAAUGAUACCGGAUUUAGUUGUGAUGGGACUGCUAACACAUUCAGGGUCAUGUUCAAAGAACCUAUAGAGAUCCUGCCCAAUGUAUGUUACACAGCAUGCGCAACACUCAAGGGUCCAGAUUCUCACUACGGCACAAAAGGACUGAAGAAAGUAGUACAUGAGACCCCUGCUGCAAGCAAGACUGUUUUCCUAUUUUUCAGCUCCCCUGGCAAUAACAAUGGCACUUCGAUAGAAGAUGGACAAAUACCAGAAAUAAUAUUUUAUACAUAAUCUAGUGUUAACGACCAUUCAGUCUAAUCUUAAACAUAAACAAGUGGCCACAAAUAGUUUGAGUGUCAUGAGUAUUUAUAAUUACAGAAUAAGAAACAUUUUAGUUUCUUUGAGGAGGUAAAAAAGUUUAUUUAAAUCUCUGCAUGAUUCAAAGGCAGAUUUUCCAUUUUCUCAUAACCCAGUUUGUGUGAAAACCGCAGUCUUUCCGCUUCGUCUUGUGUGAUCCAUAGGUCUGCUGACUUGUGAUCUUUCAAUAGUUUGGGAAUUGAAAGAUUUUUGUCAUAUGUAGCAGAUACGAGUAUUUGCGCUUUUUAAAAAACUUUUGUUUUUACUAUUUUGAAAGUUAGGUGAAAUGGGUCAGUAUUCUUACAGAACUCUUUUUAACUCAGAUAAUUUCAGAAAAUUAAGAAAACUAACUUUGUAUUUGGGAUUUUGAAAUAUGUGGUUGCUAGCAUUUGGAAUAAUGCUAAAAAGUAAACCUAAAAAAGCACCCAAGAAAAAUUUCAGUUCAUUUACAGAAAAAGGUAUUUUGUAAUAGUAUAGUAGUGUAUUGCAUAGUACUGUUUUAAAUCUGUAAGUGGAGUUUGUAUAAAUUCACAAUAAUUGAUAUAAAUAGAUCUAUAGGGAUGAUCUGAGAUGAUUCUUUAUCACUCCCAUCCCACUAUGUCUGUCAUGAUGCUGCCAGUAAUUCCUAGAUGGUUGAGAUACGAUGGAGGUGCUGACAGAUACCACUGUAGCAUUGCAGUAACUGUACACAGCAAGGAAGGAGAUAAAAUACUAAGUUCCUGACAGCUGCUUUGAAAUCAUGAAGCUGUCCAACUAGUCACUCCUGUUUAAAAGGAAGGAGGCUUUUUUGUCACCUAUAUAGUUCUAUCCAAGAAGCAAAAUGCUUGAUAUGCUUAUGUGACUGGCACAUCUAUAAGAGAGUGGGUCAGAAGAAUAUCUGGCAGUGUGAUGAUUCUGCAUUUUUAUAUAAAACUGAUUUUUAAAAUACAUGUGAGAAUAUUUUUCCCUUGAAAAUGAUUAUCUUAUAAAAAACCUUGCAUAAAUUAAGCUUAAGGGGUAUUAGUCUAUCAGAUAGUUGUGGAAAAUCAUUAAAAAUUCUUUCAAGUAUCAACUUAAGAAUUUUUUUCUAAAUAGGAUAUGAAGGAUUUCAUCAAAAGUAGUAAUUUGCAUUUUCAAGAGGACAGGGAGGUAAUGUGUUGGUGGCUAGGGUCUCUUGAAGUUGCUGAAGAAAGGGAAUUGCUUCUUGUUUACUCUGGUACCAUGAUCUUAUGUUGUCAGCCUCAGUUAGCUGGAAUACCCACUAAUGUGUGAUUCUGCUAAAAUGAAGUUUAGCAAAGACCAGUAGGGGGGUAUUAACAAGUAUUGCAUGCCAGACAUAAGGUAGUGCCAUCCAUAUGCCUUGCUUUUUACCGAACAACUAUAAUGGAAUGUACAAGAAACUGAACCACUCACUGACAUUGGGACAUCACCUGGAAUCUUUAAAAUAAAUUUAUCAUUUUUGUUUAUCAA